AUGGCUAAAGAAGCGAUCAGACGCGGCGAGUGUCACAUUGCAAUAGCAGGAGGUGUCAAUUUAGGUGAAUUGAAGGAAAGGGGUUAUACUUACACACCUAAUCAUAUUUUAUCACCCGAUGGUCAUUGUCGAGCACUAGAUUCAUCUGCUAAUGGAACUGUGCCUGCUCAAGGAUUGGGAGUUGUCGUACUAAAACCACUUGUAGCUGCGCAACAAGAUCAUGAUCAAAUCUAUGCAGUCAUUAUUGGAUCGGCCAUUAACAAUGAUGGUUCCAACAAAGCUAGUUAUGCUGCACCCAAUCCAUUGGGUCAGAAGAAGGUGAUCCAAAAAGCCUUGGCUGACUGUCAACAACCUGAAGUAAAGAAGUCUAUGUAUUAUAUUGAAUGUCAUGGCACUGGUACACAAUUGGGAGAUAUGAUUGAAUUGACUGCAUUAGGCGAUGUUUAUUCCAAUGAAAAAAUUCAACGUCCAAUUGCAAUUGGAAUAUUAAUACAUCCAUCGCAUGGUGAUGUGUCACAAUAUCAAGCUCUUGCAGUUCAUUUGCAUAGUGAUCAAAUUGUUAUGGCAUUUCGUGCACCAAGUUUGGAUGGAGUCACGAUGCCUCAUUCAUCUCUUGUUGAUAUAGGAAAAGAUUAUUUGACAACUUUAAUGCAUGAAAAAAUUCAUCAAAACGGACUUAUUAAAAAUGAAGUUUUUCUUGACACUAAGAUUCAAGCAGAAAGUUUUGGUGAAUGUAUUGAAUUAGAAUAA